AUGGCCUCCCGCCCCGAGAACAUUGGCAUCAAGGCCAUUGAGAUUUACUUCCCCAGCCAGUAUGUCGAGCAGACCGAGCUUGAGACCUUUGAUGGCGUCAGCGCCGGCAAGUACACCAUUGGUCUCGGUCAGACCAAGAUGGCCUUCUGCGACGACCGCGAGGACAUCUACUCUUUCGCCUUGACUGUCACCUCCAACCUCAUCAAGAAGUACAACAUCGACACCAACUCGAUCGGCCGUCUCGAGGUUGGCACUGAGACCAUCCUGGACAAGUCCAAGUCGGUCAAGUCUGUGCUGAUGCAGCUUUUCGGUGACAACACCAAUAUUGAAGGCGUCGACACCGUCAACGCCUGCUACGGAGGUACCAACGCCUUCUUCAACGCCGUCAACUGGAUCGAGUCUUCAGCCUGGGACGGUCGCGAUGCCAUAGUCGUUGCUGGUGACAUUGCCCUUUACGCCAAGGGCAACGCCCGCCCCACUGGAGGCGCCGGCGCCGUCGCCAUGCUCGUUGGUCCCAACGCCCCCGUGGUUGUCGAACCCGGUCUGCGCGGCACCUACAUGUCCCAUGUCUACGACUUCUACAAGCCUGACCUCACCAGCGAGUACCCCUACGUCGAUGGCCACUACUCCCUGACCUGCUACACCAAGGCCCUCGAUGCUGCCUACCGCGAAUACAACAAGCGCGAGGCCAAGCUUUCCAAGGCUGCCAACGGCCAUGCCAACGGCAACGGCACCAACGGCGAGGCCAAACUCCCCAAGACCGGCUUGGACCGUUUCGACUACCUGGCCUUCCACGCUCCCAACUGUAAGCUUGUCGCCAAGUCGUACGCCCGUCUGCUGUACCACGACUACCUCGCCGAUGCCGACAGCUCCGUCUUCGCCGAGGUUGCUCCCGAGCUUCGCGAUAUGGACUACGAGAAGUCGCUGACCGACAAGGUCGUCGAGAAGACCUUUAUGGGCCUCACCAAGAAGAAGUACCAGGAAAGAGUCGCUCCAGGUGCCCAGGUUGCUACGUUGAUCGGCAACAUGUACUGCGGUAGCGUCUGGGGUGGCGUUGCCAGCUUGCUCUGUUACGUCGACGCCGCCACUCUCAGCGGCAAGCGGGUUGGUGUCUUCAGCUACGGCUCCGGUCUGGCUGCCAGCUUCCUGUCCCUGCGCAUCAACGGAGACGUUUCUCCCCUCGCUAAGGCCCUUGACAUUCCCGCCAGGCUUGAGGCCCGUCGCAAGCUGGCCCCUGAGGCUUACGAAGCGAUGUGUGAUCUCCGUCACCAGGCUCACCUCCAGAAGGACUACAAGCCCAAAGGCGACCCUUCCACCAUCGCACCCGGUACUUACUACCUUGAGCACGUCAACGAGAAGUUCCAGCGUACCUACAGCGUCAAGGCAUAG